GUUAGCUCCUUUUCAUCCGCCUCCAUCCUCGCCCGGCUGAGUCCACAUGGGCUGUCCUGUCCGCUGCUGGAGGAGAACGGAGCCUGCAAUUCUGGCCGGGUCGAGACUGGCGGAACGCAGGAUCAGGGUGAAAAGGAGAACCCCAUGCGGGAACUUCGCAUCCGCAAGCUCUGCCUCAACAUCUGCGUGGGGGAGAGUGGAGACAGACUGACCCGGGCAGCUAAGGUGUUGGAGCAGCUCACGGGCCAGACCCCUGUGUUCUCCAAAGCUAGAUACACUGUCAGAUCCUUUGGCAUCAGGAGAAAUGAAAAGAUUGCUGUCCACUGCACAGUCCGUGGGGCCAAGGCAGAGGAAAUCUUGGAGAAAGGUCUAAAGGUGCGGGAGUACGAGUUAAGAAAAAAUAACUUCUCAGAUACUGGAAACUUUGGUUUUGGGAUCCAGGAACACAUCGAUCUGGGGAUCAAAUAUGACCCAAGCAUUGGUAUCUACGGCCUGGACUUCUAUGUGGUGCUGGGUAGGCCAGGUUUCAGCAUCGCAGACAAGAAGCGCAGGACAGGCUGCAUUGGGGCCAAACACAGAAUCAGCAAAGAGGAGGCCAUGCGCUGGUUCCAGCAGAAGUAUGAUGGCAUCAUCCUUCCUGGCAAAUAAAUUCCCGUUUCUAUCCAAAAGGCCAAUAAAAUAUUUUCAUUGAAAUGUA